AUGGUAUACUCUACUCAUUCACAGGUGGUCAGGAAGAUAGUUUCGGUGCAAUGGAAUGACUCGUAUGGAAAUGACUCUGAGAGCAUGUUGGGUUACAGCGACGACAUAGUUGGUAACUAUGUCAUGUCCCUUCUGUACAAGUUCCUACAGUUUGACUCCAACUUCAACGUAAUGCUGGUGUUUGCUCACAGCUAUGAUAUCCAACCUUUCCACGAUAGGUAUCUACAAAACCUAAACGCCACCUCUAUGGGCUGUAACUACUCUGAAUCGUGUCUGGACAGUUACCGUGAUAGAGAGUCCAACAUUCUUCUAACUUACAGCUCGGCGAUGCUAGAAGCCUGCACAUACACAGAUAUGGUUAUCUUUGUCAACUACCUACCAGACUUAGAGGACUACAGUUUGGCUGUUCAUACACUAAAAGCUGGCUGCGGGUUCUGUUAUUUGAUUUACGACCCGGAGACUGUUGAGGCCGACACGCGAAGCCCAUCAAUUUGCGAAGACAACAGUCUUGAAAGCCAGCUUCAAAGGUAUCACAGUGUCAUAACGGACGAACAGACUCCUCUAAGUCCAGUACAAAUAGGUCCAAGCAUGGAGAUGCUGGCUACGAUGCUUGAAGUCGAGGAAAGUGUUCUAUGCAACCGCUACUACGAUGCGGUGACCUACUAA